AUAUAUUAGGCAGCAGCAGUACUACUACUUGCAGCUAAAAAAUAUGACCUCACGGCCUGCAAGCUAGCCAGCUAUUAUAAGAAAAAGAAGUUGCUGGUUUCUUUAAUUCAUAUAUAUAUACAACCCGGCCGGCCCGCAGAAAGCUGGGUACGUACACACACUAUAAUUAGGAUGCCUUGGUUGAGUGCUCCUUAUUCUCAAAAUCUGGAGUCUUCAGUCGAUGUCAAUGACAAGGUCGGGGGAAGAGACAACAAAGCAAGUAGUAUUUCAUCGUCGCAAGAAGAUCAGGCGCAGAAGCAGAAGCAUGAGCAACAACAUGCAGCAAGUGUGCAGUCAAAACAUCAGCCUCGAACCCAAAGUACUCCAUUAAUAACAGUGUUAAGAUCAUCCCCAUCAAAACAGGAAGCUGAUUCCAGGGACAAUGAGAUCAUUUCACGGGGAACCAGUACUGAGCAUUCUAUGCACAAAGAAGAAAGCCAUGUGCAGUCAAAACAUGAUCAGCCUCGAACCGAAGCUCCCACGGUGUUAAGAUCACCAUCAAAACAGGGAGCUGCUGAUUCCAGGGACAAUGAGAUCAUUUCACGCAGAACCACUGAGCAUCCUGUGCACAAAGAAGCUGAUAUGCCUAAGGAUCAUCAGGCGCUGUUGCGGCAAAAGGAGAAUGGUGGAGUCACAAAUAUUAAUCCUGAUCCUCCAGUCAAUAAUAAUCCGAUUACGGUUCUUAAUAUUAAUGUGUAUGUAGAUCAACCAAAAUCUGUCGACAAGAAUGAUAUUGCUAUAAAAAAAAACAAAGCUCCGGAUCCGAAGCCUCAAAAUGGUAUAGUCAGCUCAAAGCCUCCGAGUGAAAGGAAAUGUUGCUGCACCAUAUUGUAAAUAAAAAUACGAAGAGCUAGCUAGUGGUGGAUCAUGUGAUGCAGCUCUUGCAGGAGACAAUUGAAUUUUGCUGUUACUGAUUAUGCCGUACGUGUUAAUUAUAAGGUGUGAUGUUCAUUGAACAUAAAAUGUAGAAAGCGUGUUAAUUUAUUGUAGAUUCUGAGGAUCAUCGUGAAAUGUUCUCGAUCUGAUUCAGUUCGUGUUUCUCACAUCUUAGUAAUUUGAUCAGUACUAGCUAGUGGUACUGUUUCUUAGUUAUGAACUUAAGGGGUAGUACUGAUCGUAAAUUUAUAUAUAUUGAUCAUCUAACCGGCCAGCGAAGCGUUUCAGUGUGCAAAACUGCGAUAGCUGCGCGCUUGUUCUUUCAACUGAA